AUGGGAGGUGACGACGCGAUUGACGGCGGAGUGCGGAGGCGGGGAUGCACGUUCCGGCGAAACGACUUCUUCCCGGAGGAGUCGUUCAAGAGUUGGGGAAACUACGCGAGAGCUAUCAGGGAGACGCCGUGGAGGCUGAAGGACCGCGUGCUGAGCCGAUCGGAGGACCACACGGAGCUGGUGGAGAUGAAGGCUCGGAGCAAUCACGAGAUGAAGAAGACGCUCAACUGGUGGGAUCUUAUGUGGUUCGGCAUCGGCGCCGUUAUCGGCUCCGGCAUAUUCGUCCUCACCGGCCUUGAGGCCAGGGCGGUGGUUGGACCAGCCGUGGUGAUCUCCUACGUCGUUUCCGGUGUCUCCGCCUUGUUCUCCGUCUUCUGCUACACUGAGUUCGCGGUCGAAAUCCCCGUCGCAGGUGGAUCAUUUGCGUACUUAAGAGUAGAACUGGGAGAAUUUGUGGCCUUCAUAGCUGCCGGAAACAUCCUCCUUGAGUAUGUAAUCAGCGGCGCCGCAGUGGCACGCUCAUGGACCUCUUAUUUCGCCACCCUCUGCGGCCAACACCCCGAUGACUUUCGCAUAGUAGUCCACAAAAUGAACCCUGACUAUGGCCAUCUUGACCCUAUAUCCAUAGGAGUCCUCAUAGCCAUCACCAUCCUCGCAGUGUACAGCACCAAAGGCUCUUCCGUCUUCAACUUCAUUGCCACAAUCUUUCACUUAAUUAUCAUUGCCUUCAUCAUCAUUGCAGGCCUCACUAAGGCAAACACCGAAAACUACACCCCUUUUAUGCCUUUUGAAGUUCGUGGCGUGUUCAAGGCUUCAGCUGUUCUUUUCUUUGCCUAUGUUGGCUUUGACGCUGUCUCUACCAUGGCUGAGGAAACCAAGAACCCUGCGAAGGACAUUCCCAUUGGUCUUGUGGGCUCAAUGGUAAUUACCACCUUCGCAUAUUGCUUGCUAGCAGUGACACUGUGCCUCAUGCAAAGCUACAAGGACAUUGACCCAGAUGCUCCCUAUUCGGUUGCGUUUAGUGCUGUGGGAAUGGAUUGGGCUAAGUACAUUGUUGCAAUUGGGGCGUUGAAGGGAAUGACCACUGUGUUGUUGGUGAGCGCGGUGGGACAAGCACGUUACCUGACCCACAUUGCACGUACCCACAUGAUGCCUCCUUGGUUUGCUCAUGUUGAUGAGAAAACUGGGACACCCGUGAAUGCCACAAUCUCAAUGCUUGCAGCUACUGCUGUGAUUUCUUUCUUCACUGAUCUCACUAUUCUUUCCAACCUCUUGUCAAUUUCCACUCUCUUCAUCUUCAUGCUUGUGGCUGUGGCGCUUCUGGUGCGCCGCUAUUACUCAAGUGGGGUAACCACAAAGGAGAAUAAAGUGAAGCUCAUUUUGUGCCUUGUGCUGAUUUUGGGGUCUUCAUGUGGAAUUUCUGGUUAUUGGGCAAGCAGUGAUGGUUGGAUUGGAUACGCAGUUUGUGUGCCGUUGUGGCUUUUAGGGACUGGGGUUCUUUGGCUUUUUGUGCCACAGGCAAAGCAACCAAAACUUUGGGGGGUGCCUUUGGUUCCAUGGCUACCUUCUUUAUCUAUUGCUAUUAACAUAUUCCUUCUUGGCUCUAUUGAUAAAGCUUCAUUUACCAGGUUUGGGGUGUGGACAGGCAUCCUCUUGGUAUACUAUGUGCUAUUGGGGUUACAUGCUUCUUACGACGCAGCAAAAGGGUUCGAGAGCCAAAAAAGUUCGGUGAAUGUUGACAAGCAGUGGAACAAGGUGGAGGAAGGGACAGAAAGGGAAGUUCCUCAUACAGCAAUUUCACCUGAUUAA